GGUCGGCUCCUCUGCGAGACAUGACGGACACCAGCACGCAGCAGGUGGUCGGCAACAGGAGACCAUGUGGAGGAACAUAUGGACGCUACUACAACAAGGACAAACACAUGACUGACAGCUCAGAAGUGGACAUGGUUUCUGAGGAGCGUCAAAGGAGCCCAAAAAUGCUCCGUGAGCAUCUGCAGAACAGCGAGACUGAACAGCAACAACCUCAACAACAGGAAUCAUCAACAUGCAGGAGAUCAGCUCUGGUCAGGUCAAAAACAUUUGAUGCAUCUCUGCUGACCCCGAUUCAAAGUGAGCUGGAUUCAAAGCUAGAGAGGAAGAAGUCUCACUACAGUCAGCUGUCCAAGGGUAAUAGUCAAUAUCAUAAAAUCUUCAAGGAGAUCAGCAAAGACGAGCAACUCAGGCAAAGUUACACAUGUGCUCUGCAGAAGGACAUCUUGUACCAGGGCCGCAUGUUUGUCUCCGACCACUGGAUCUGCUUCCACUCUAAAGUCUUUGGAAAAGACACCAAGAUCGCCAUACCGGUAAUAUCUGUCACGCAUGUCAAGAAGACCAAAACGGCCCUCUUGGUGCCCAACGCUGUUGUUAUUGCCACAGCAAAUGAUAGGUACGUCUUUGUGUCCUUCCUGGCCCGGGACAACACCUACAAGUUCCUCAUGUCCAUCUGUCUUCACUUAGAGGAGAAGAGUCCAUGCAACAGUCCCAUCCCAUCUUCAUCCCAACUCAACUUUCGAGGUCGGACAUCGCCUCACUCGCCACGUUUUCCUCUGAGUUUCCAUGCCGACUUUGUGGAUCUGGACAGAACACUACGGAAGAGUCAACAAGACACGGAAGAAAGCAGCACUUCCGAUUCCCAGACGCCGGACGAUGACAAGAUGGGAGAAUUCCCAGGUCCUUCCUUCCUGGACAUUUUGAAGUCACCUCCUGAUCAUCAACACCAAAUGAAGAACCUUCUUCAUAAAGUUCCCAAGCAGGAAAGCAAACAACAUGGUUUGGAAGUUAAGCGAGAAGAUACCAGAAGUGGGCAAACUCUCUCCCUCAACACUCUACUGUGUGUUUACCUCAUCCUAGUGUGCUUCCUGGUGUUGUCAUCCUGCUUCCUGACUGUCAAAAUGUUUUCCUUGGAGCAUCGACUGGCAACGCUCGGCUCCGUUGCAGACUUGGCUCAGCCCGAAAACGACUACCUUCGAGGUAGCGACAAUGUCAACCGGGAAUUUUUUUCUGAAUUGCUGAGCCUCAACCUCAAGAAGCUGGAGAAGGUGCAGAAGAAUCUCCAAAGACUUUUGGAUGAAGCCGUCUGAUGAAUAUUGAACUCUUGUAAAUAUCCAUAUUAUGUAAUGCAAGUUUUUACAUAUAUCGUAUGAAGCUCUGUGACAGCCAAUUAGUCAAAUCAAACUAUAGGUAGCCUAUCAGCGUUAUAGAUGAUUUUGCAGUGGUCUCAAUUUUUUUCCCGAACCUGUAAAUACAGUGGAAACUCUUUUAAAAUGGAUGGGGGAAAAAACAUGGGUGCUUAUCACUGCACUUAAAUAAAUAAGGAGGCCCGAAUACAAUCUACUUCCUGUCACUGAUGAUGUCAAUGAUGAUGUCAACCAAUAGACCUUUUCACCAUGAUGUCACAAAUACUUCAAGUUAGUAAUAAGUCCUGUUGCAGAACUAGUAAACGAACACUUCUUAAGUCAUUUGACCAUAAGCAAGGCAAUUAGGAAUAUAACCUAAAUCAUUCCUAGUUUAUAUGAGUGACGUGUCAGUUGAAAGGAAGAUGUUAUACGAGACAAAUUCCUCAGAAGGGAGACUGUUACAGAACACCAACUACAGUUUACAUUUCAACAGGUACGUUGAUUAAAAAAUAGACGGGAUAGAAAUCUAAACAAAGUUUACCUAUUCAUUGAGAGAUUGGCUUCAUUACUUUUUAAGGCUUAGAGAUGUAGUUUAAUAAGAGGACUA